ACUCACAGAGUGAGGGCACUAACGUGCCUGAUGAAGAUUUCUGGCCCUAUGAUCCAGAUUGUUUCUCUGAUGGCGACCCACAAAGUAAGGAUGCUAUCGCAUCUGUUGAUUCCUCCAGUAACAACGAAGAUGAAAAUGGCGUGGCCCAGCUUCUAACUGAAAAUAUCUUUGAUAAUUCGGAAGAUGAAAGAAUUUUUAACGAAGCAUUUGACGGAUAG